AUGUGGUUCCAGUCACCAACGAGGGUGCCGGCUCACGGCUACCCAACCAUAAGGGCGGGGACGGGGGGAGCCGCCACCGGGCUACGAUACCUAGGUAGUGUUUAUAUACAACAUGUGGAUGUGGCUCUAAGAUCCAGUUCUAGUAGCCAUCCGGUAUCUUGCUCAUGGAUUGGUGUCAGAAGACCGUCCUACAGACCUGCUAGAACCCACCGAAAGAGAAACAAGCCGAAGGACGGCCUGUUCGGCGCCGCCGCCCGGGGCUCACGGCGCUCGGCCACUUUCGGGAGGCCGCUGCCAUUCCUGGGCAAGGCAUACACACCUAGCUCUGAACCUGCAAAGGCCGGUUACUACAAGGGUGGAACUGGGAACUGGUCUAUUAGUGAGCAUCAGGCCUGGUGGAGAAGUCUAGCCCGAAUGGGAGCGAGACAGCUGUAUUGA